UCGAUUCCCAUCCGCAGUCCGGCUUGGCGUUUCAUCAUGGCUGACAAGACGAAAGUUGCUGAACAGUACUACGCUCCGCCACCGGACCUAGGGAAAUGGGAGGCCUUCAGAAUAUUCCUGUACAACUCCGAGACCGGCCAGGUCCUUGGCCGCACGGGAUCCAGUUGGGCUAAAAUCUUGCUAUUCUACCUAAUCUUCUAUGCGGCUCUGGUGGGCUUCUUCGCGGCCAUGCUGGCCAUCUUCUACCAGACCCUGGAUUCGAAGAUGCCCAAGUGGCAACUCGAUGGCUCCAUCAUAGGAAGUAAUCCAGGUUUGGGCUUUAGACCCAUGCCGGACUCUGCUAACGUGGAGAGUACCCUCAUCUACUACAAGGCCAAUGAUAAGGGCUCCGUGCUCAAAUGGGCCAAGGUGAUCGACGAGUUCCUUGAACAGUAUCGCAAGAAGGGAAGUGGCAGCGGAGAAGCUAGCGGCGCUGAGAACCGAGUACCAUGCUCUCCAACAUCGGGCGCCACUGGUGAGAAGCAAGUGUGCGAUGUGCCAAUAGACGAGUUCCAUCCCUGCACUGCUGCUAAUCAGUACAACUACGAGGCAGCCGGCCCCUGUGUCUUCUUGAAGCUGAAUAAGAUCUUCAAUUGGCAGCCUAAACCAUACAAUACCACUGAAGAUCUCCCCGGUAACAUGCCUGAAGAUUUGAAAUCGCACAUCAAGAUGGCGUCGGGCAAGCCAGAAGCAAAUACGGUUUGGGUAUCAUGCGAGGGUGAGAAUCCAGCAGACGUUGAGAACAUCGGCCCAGUGCAGUACAUCCCGCGACGGGGCUUCCCCUCUUACUAUUACCCCUUCACCAACAAGGAGGGGUAUCUGAGUCCUCUGGUUGCUGUGCUCUUCGAGAAGCCCAGGA